AGUAGCUGGUCAGAGGUCUAGGUGUCCCUUAAACGUGAUCCCGGUUCCCGAUCACACAUAACGCGAUCCUGGGUUCCCGGCCCACGAUCGACUGCCGGUGGCUUGGUGCUGCCGCGAUUCGGGAGCGCGCGAGGUCGUACCCACGGCUGCGAGGAGGGUUUCCCUAGACCGAGGCGCGGAAACGGGGUGCCCCGGCCUCCCGCCCGCUGCCCGCCCGUUCUUCGCGGUAGCGAACGCCGUGCGCCCGGCACGAUGGGUGCCAACGAGGACCAAGAGAUGGAACUAGAAGCCUUACGAUCUAUUUAUGAAGGAGAUAACAGUUUCCGGGAAUUAAGUCCAGUGUCAUUUCAAUAUAGGAUAGGUGAAGACGGCGAUCCCAAAGCCUUCCUGAUAGAGAUUUCCUGGACGGAGACAUACCCGCAGACGCCUCCCGUCAUAUCUAUGAACGCCUUUUUUAACAACACCAUCUCCUCCACUGUGAAGCAGAGCAUCUUAGCCAAGCUGCAGGAAGCAGUGGAAGUAAACCUGGGCACGGCCAUGACCUACACGUUGUUCGAGUACGCUAAGGACCAUAAAGAGCAGUUCAUGGAGAACCACCAUCCUGGGAAUUCUGCAACGCCUGUAGCCAAUAUCAUCUCGGUUGAAACCCCUACCAUAGCCCCAUCGAGUAAGAAAAAAGAGAAGAAAGAACAGCUUUCCAAAGCUCAGAAACGCAAGCUGGCAGAUAAAACAGAUCACAAAGGGGAGCUCCCUCGAGGCUGGAACUGGGUUGACGUCGUGAAGCACUUAAGCAAAACUGGCUCUAAAGAUGAUGAGUAGCAAGCACCUGCAGCCGAAGCAAGAGCAGUCUUUGAAAAGCGGCCUGGUUCAGCAUCUCUCCUUACUUUUUUUCCUCUGUUACCGAGUGGCUUUUUAUAGGACAUGUUCUUUUGUGUGUGUGUCUUGAAAAAAUACAAGUGGAAAGUCCAUGAAGAGGUUUGGCUGUAGUAAACUAUCUCCACAAACUUGCCUUAAUAAAAGGUCAAAGUGUAACUUGUUCAGAGUACUUUCUGAAGCUCUUGAGCAUCACAGCCCGUGGGUGGCUCCCCAGAGGGAAGUCAGUGGUAACUUAACCAUCUGGGCCAAGCGAUGUGAUCAUUUUUAAGGGCCAACAAAGCCGUAUUUGAACUCCCAGUUUUGAGUCUCUGGCAUUCCUCGGCAUGACCUAUACUGAUAAGCGUCACCUCCUUUUGCUUAGAUAACAGCAUAAGUUGCUUCAGAGAAAUCUGAGUACUGGUGUUGGACUUUCUGUGAUUCUCUUUGUACUUCCUCUUCGUUUUCAGUAGUGAACUGCUUCUCCUUAAUGAAUUGAUAACUAUUUAUGCUUUUCUCUUGCAUUGGAUGUAGGUGUGUGAUCAUGAACGCUUUCAGUUAUGUGAAUAAUAAAAGAAUGUAAGAAGAAAAUUGAGGGAGCUGGAGAAGUGGCUCAGUCAGUAAAGGGUUUGCUGUGCAAGCCUGAGGUCCUGAGUUCAGAUCCCCGACACCUGAGCAUAAAAACCGGGGCAUGUACCUGAGACCCAGGGCUGGGGAGGCAGAGACAGGAGGAUUCCCAGCUUGCUGGCCUGACAGUCUGGCUGAAUCACCGACCACCUGGUUCAGGGAGAGAGCAAUAGAGGAAGACGUAGAACAUGAAUCUCUGGCCUCAACAGGCAAGCACAUGUGCAUACACCCAUUUGCACACGCAUACAAAUACCAGAUACACUUGCAUGCAUGACCAUACACCGAACAAAACAAAAACAACAAAUUUGCCAAAUACUUUAGCAAAGCAUUUGAAUAAGUGCUAGCUCUUAUUUAAGAUAUUUCUCUUUGCUGCAUAGGGUCAGGAUGAGAGUACAAGAUGCCUUAAUAUUUCAUUUUUGUACCGUUGGAGACAGUGGUUUUAAUAAAUUCUUAAUAUUUGCUAUUGUGAUGUUUUGUUGCUGUUUGAUAAUAGGUCUUUCAGAGGAGUCAGCGUUAAACACACUUCGAAUCUGGGGGCGGUGCUUGGUUUUAGUGGGGGUUUUGUUUGCUUUUUGGUAGUUUUUUUUUGUUUGUUUGUUUUAUAGUGUCUUUUCAAGUAUCCAAAUGUGUUUCCUAAUCUUGGUGUCUUUUCAAUAUAUAUCCACUCUUUGACAUGCUAAACUAUUGUUAUACAUGCUUGUUUUUUUUAAAUCAUUAGGAAAGGAAACUUGCUGUAGUUUUACUAGGAGAGGUAUUGGUGUGUGUGUGUGUGUGUGUGUGUGUGUGUGUGUGUGUUUUACAGUGAUUGUGUGUGCUUCCACGUUGUUAGAACACCAAGCUGUACUGUGUAGAUUAUAUCAGGUUUUAAAGAACAAUCAACUUUUAGAGAAGUUACCUUAGCAUAAGAGCAGAUAUAUCUGUGGAUUUCACAAGGUUACCCCUUGGCUCUGGUUAAACUGUACGAGCUGUAAAGUAAGUGUAGUCACAGUGAAGAAUUUGCUAAUGCCUGUCUCGUUCUCUAGAUGAAUAUUGGAGAUGCCUAGACUAUAACAACUGUUCUUUUCAAGCUUCUGUUUGUGCAGUUUUUAUUGUCAUCUUGAUUUGUUAGAUUUUUUUUUUUUAAAGAAACAUCUUGUAAUAGAAAAAAGUAUUUUGUUCUGUUCUAAAGGUCAUUUCUCUGGUAAAAGUUACUGUGAUUCUUAGAUUGCAAAGAAUAAUGCUAGUUAAAUGCCAAUGAACUAUUUUUACUCUUUUUCUAUGAAAUGUAUAGAUCUCUGGGGCAGACAGUGGCAAUGGUAUCCCUUGUUACCUUAUAAACACUUGAACACUUGCAUCAAAAAUAAUGCUGAUCUGAUAAUGCUCCCAGUAUAUUUUCUCAAAGUCUGUUUACUUAAAAUUGUAUGAGGUGACAUGACUAAUAAGCAAUAAAGUCUGAAUUAUAGUGAUUUUUUCUAUA